AAAGAAUCAUCUGAAUGAUUCAAUUGUCUGGUUCGUCCACAGUUCCUACAAUAUGGAAAGAAGAAAUAAAACAUAGUUUGCUAAGAGCAUGACUCAGACAUGCUAUUAAUGGGCUUAUUCAAGUCCUCUUUUAUUUUUUAAAUUAUUUUUAUCCAUUUCGCAUGUCCCACAUAGGCACAAUACGGGACAUGCGUUUUAGUGUGUUUUAGCAAGUCGGUCUGUGUUACAAGUUGGUGAAUAAAUAUACUUGGCAGGUUACGUGUCACUACUCUGCUUUAUUAAUUUUUUCAGUGUAAAACCCAGACACCACCACACAAGUGUGGCUUUUUGUUAAUGCCUGUCCUACUACAGGAUUUAACACAGAGUAACAGCUCACUACCAGUUACAAAAGACACUGUAACAGUCUGUCACAGGCAAUUCUAGUUGCAUUUUUCAUCAAUGAAUUUCUUAAAUUAAUCUUUGACUAUGUUCUGGCCCACCAUCAUUUUUUUUUUUUGCCUGAUGCCAAACUUACUUGCUGAACCUGCAGUAGAUGUUAUGUCUUUGAGGAAACACGACUUGGUGUUCAGGUUCCUGAGAAGUGGUAGGAGACUGAACACUUCUCAGCAAAGCCUCAUCCUCCCUUUGGAUCUCUCUCUGGUCUUGACAGCCCUGCAGAGAGCUCCAUUUGAGCCCUUACACAGUGUCUACACAGGAAACGAUCAGUAUGAUGUGAUGCGACAAAAGACAAUAGAACCUAUUAAAAUCAGUGACGUUGUCUACACUGAUGCAGUAAACUGAUGUUUCGUUCUAUUUAUGAUGUACUGACACAAAGGACAAUAAUUUGCAAUGGGCAUUUUGUUGUGUCCAGUGUAGACAGCUUUUAGCUGUUGCGAUGCAAGCAACAAUGUGUGCGUCCCGUGUAGACAUGUUACAGUCAGUGGAGAUAAAGAUCCUGUCCCUUAAGACAGUGCUCCUGACUGCACUCACAUCCAUCAAGAGGCUGGGGGAUCUGCAAGCAUUUUCAGUCAACGAAGUGUGCCUAGAAUUUGGGCUGGCUGACUCUCAGGUCAUCCUGAGAACCCAGCCUGGAUACAUGCCCAGAGUUCCCACCACUAUGCAAAAAUAUACUUAAAAAAAGAAUCACGGUCGACAGAGAUGCUCCAGUGCGAGCUGUACAAGUCAUGGCUGCAGGGGAAAACGUUCAGUCAGCUUGCUUGCAGAGCAUUUAAUCCACUGCGAGGCUUGUUUGACAUUGAGAAGAGGCAAGUAGAGAGGCUUCAGACUUCUUUGGAGCAGCAAGUUAAUCUUCAUGCUGAAGGAGAAAUAUUCUGAUGAGAUCUGGCAUUUCUGUGGCUUUUAUAGGCAGCCAUCCCUGCCCAUUUUGGUGGGCUGAAAUGCCAUUUAUCUGUGAUACCUUCAGAUGUGAACCAAUAAGACUUCAGAAUUCUGAGAAAACAUUUUACCCAUAAGAGUCAGCUGAAAAGCAGAUGCAAUGCGAGUGAACUGUAUCGAAAGGGACCGAGGAUUAAGAAUCAUCUUGACAGAGCUACAAACUCAAAACAUGCAACAGCAACAAACAAGAAGUGAAGUAAAGAACCAAUCAUUCCAUUCUACCUGUUGUUCUUUUCAUAGCUAGUAGCCUACACUGUGAAAUGUAACCCCAUUUAGAGCACUGGUUUGGGAAUCUGAAAGAGUAUCUGGAUCACGGUGAUCCAAUCCGAUUUUGCUUUGAAAAACUGGCACAAAGGUAAAAUUACCUGAUCCUGGAUAGCAAAAAAUGGGAUUUCCAAAUCUAGAUUAUUCUGAUCCAGAUUCAACUUUUUUUAUACAACUGUGCCCAGAUGUCUGAAUACUAUCAGCAUGUUUAAUUUUACUUUUCUCUCUAGUGAUAUAAUGACAGAUUCAAAUCCAAAUGUUAACAUGGACACUCCUGCAGAGACAGAAGGAAAGAGUGAAGACAACAGCAACAAAAAUCAACACAUGUCAAAUCCAGAGAGAACCACUGGAGAGUAUACAGUAAAAAGAGAAGGAUCAGAUCAACAUAAAGAACAAAAACUCACAAGCUCAAAAUCACUUUUUGAUAGGCUUUGUCUCAAAGACAUACAUCACGUUAAACUGAGAGAGGCAGAUGUUCUUCAGAUAACUGAACAUUCAUUACAGUCCCAUGAAUCUUGUGAUGAAGACAAGCUGGUUCAGACUUUCCUACAAAAACUACUGAUGAUGAACUACAGAGCAAGAUACAUUAAAUCUAAAAGGACCAAUGACGAAAUUCAAACACAGCAAGGAAGCAAUGAUUCUUCUAAUAAUGAGGCAAACUUUCAUAAUUUUUUUUUCAACUCAAUGUCUUUAACUAAGGAAAAAAAAAGUCAGUCUGAGCGAAUCCACCCGAUGGAUGUUCAGAUAGCCGUGUUUCAUUGUGCUGAUGGUUUUCUGAAGCAGAUGUUGGUCACUAAACUGUCCCAGUGUCAGUACGCUCUGCCUCUGCUUGUUCCUGAUCCAUUCACAAAACAGAUUGAGUUUCCUCUCUGGACAUUCAGACAAAUCAACAAGAGCUGGAAGAUCAGAAACAACAACAAUGAGCUCAACAGUAAAACCAAGCUGGUUUACAAGGCUGAAACUCCAAUGGUGUCUUUCUUCAGGUUUGGCUCUGUGUCCUCAUCCAAGUCUCAGCUGAUGAACAGUCUGAUCAAUGAGAAACACAACACGUUCUUCCACAGGAACUGCCCAGGCAGCAGCAGAACCAGAGUCCUGAUGGAUGGAGUGGUGGAGAUCGCCUGGUUCUGCCCUUCUGGAAGAUAUGAUGAUAAAUUCACUGACUGUGUUGCGUUCUGUAAUCUACACGGAGAUGCAGGAGACCAUGAGAAACAGCUGCAGAUCCUCACUGAAAUGAGCUCAGUCAAUGUUGUUCUUCUGCCACAGCUGGACAGGAAUGACACAAGCAUGAUAAAACUUCAACAACUCUAUGAGGACUCAAAGCCACUCAUUUGCCUAUUUGCUCCGGAUGAAAAUACUGUUAUUAAAACACAGGAAGGAAAAUACAAAAUCGGCUUGAAAGACAGAAAUCUGUCAGAUGUAUCUGAAGAACUCAGAAGAGCUAUAAAUGAUUGUCUCUCAGAAUCAUCUUCCACUUUCAUACUUGAAGAUGUGUCCAAACACUCAGACAUCAGAGUAGAUGAGGAAUAUGAUGAAGACUGCAAGAGAGGAAGAGAAGCAGCACAGCAGAUGAAGAGUUUACUGGAGAAGAAAGCUCUGACAGAAAUCAAAGAAUCAGUUCUGCCUCAUCAGGGGAAACUGUGGCAUCAGUGGAGUCAGAAGAACAAAGAACUACAUCGACCUCAAGGAGAUGAGACAGAAAUGGACAUCAGUAGAAAACACACAAAAAUCAUGGAAAUUCGUCAACAACAGCAUGAAUCUGACAUCAGUGAGUUUUUAACGUUCUUUAUAAUGCAAAUGAACUCAACUGUGGAAAAUAAGAUGUUUUUCAUUAAAUGGAUCAGAAUCUUCUUGGAUGAAUAUACCUCAAGUGACCUUUCUGUUCUUCUUAACAAUUAUGAUAAAACAUGGUCAGAAGUUGUAAAACUGAAAGAGAAAAACAAAUGUGAAAAACUGACAGCUGAACAAACUGAACUUGAGAGAAUAUCUGAGGAACUUCAAGCUGCAACCUUUGGUUUGGAGCACAUCAUGAGGGAGAUCGGUCAGAUCUACGAAUCAUGUUCAUCUGUGAAGAAGAACAAGAAAGAUCUGCAGGUUCACUUCUCUUCUCUCCCGAGUCUUGCAGCAGAGAUGAUGAUCUCUGGAUUUCAAUUGGAGCUGAUGGAUGGAGAUGCUGCUCAUGUUCCUGUGAUCUGGAUCUCUGCAGUUCUAGAUGAACUCAUCCGGAAACUGGGAGACAAGAGAGUCUUUGUGCUGUCAGUUUUAGGGAUUCAGAGCUCUGGGAAAUCCACCAUGCUGAAUGCCAUGUUUGGACUCCAGUUUGCCGUCAGUGCUGGCAGGUGCACCAGAGGAGCUUUCAUGCAGCUGGUCAAAGUGUCAGAUGAGAUGAAAGCACAGAUGAAGUUUGAAUAUAUUCUGGUUGUUGAUACUGAGGGUCUUCGUGCUCUAGAACUGGCUGGACGAUCAACAAGAAAUCAUGACAAUGAACUGGCAACAUUUGUUGUUGGUCUUGGAAAUAUGACACUGAUCAACAUCUUUGGAGAAAACCCUGCUGAGAUGCAGGACGUUCUUCAGAUUGUUGUUCAGGCCUUCAUGAGGAUGAAGCAGGUCAGACUGAAUCCCAGCUGUGUGUUUGUGCAUCAGAACGUCUCAGACGUCACAGCUGGAGAGAAAAACAUGGAGGGAAGGAGAAGACUUCAGAAGACACUGGAUGAGAUGACAAAACUGGCUGCUAAAGAGGAAGUCUAUGACGCAGAAUGUUUCAGUGAUGUCAUUAGAUUUGAUGUUCAGAAAGAUGUGAAGUAUUUUGCUCAGCUCUGGGAGGGCAGCCCACCGAUGGCACCACCAAACCCAAACUACUGUGAGAAUAUUCAAGAACUAAAGGAAACUAUUGUGUCUCAUGCCUCUGAAUCAGAUGGGAUGUUGCUCUUAAACUUAAAAGAUCGUAUUAAAGAUCUCUGGGAGGCUUUACUGAAUGAACAAUUCGUCUUCAGCUUUAGAAAUUCUCUGGAGAUUUCAGCCUACAGGAAACUGGAGUCCGAAUACAGCAAGUGGACCUGGAGUCUUCGCAGUGCCAUGAUGGAAACUGAGAACAAACUACACAACAAAAUAGAAAAUGAAGCAAUUCAUGAGGUUUAUGAAGCUGAUCUUCAGAGAGAACUAAAGAAGACAAGUGAAGAAGUGGAAAAAUCAAUGUCAGAAUUCUUUGAGAAAGACAAAGAUAAAGAUAUACUGAUUUACUGGAAAACAUCAUUUGAAAUUAAAAUCAAAGAGCUUCAGGAAAACAUUGUAAGAGAAACAAAGAGGAAUUUAAAUGAGAUUCUUCCUCAUCAAGACCUGAAGAAAAAGACUGAUGAUAGGACAAAUCAUGAAAACACUCUCUAUGAAAAGAGCAAAGAACUUGCCUUAAAACUCAAAGACAAAGCAAAUGAUGAAGAAACACGGAAGAAAAAGUUUGAUUCAUUUUGGGAACAGUGGAUGAAGAAGAUCAUCAGAAACACUCCUGCGAUCAAAGACAUUGACAUAAUGAGAGAUGUGAGAGAGAUCCUCAGUGAAAUCUGUGGAAGUGCUGCUGUAGAAAAAUGGAAGGCAGGCCGUGACAUUUUCUCUGUGCCCAGUUAUUCACAUUAUGUAAAGGUAAAGAAAUCAGGUAAACUUUCAACAGAUGUCUACAGUUUAGCUAAAGUGAAUCUUGGUUACAUUCUAUCUAGAGAAGAUGAAGCCCAAAUAAGAUCAUUAGUCACAGAUGUUGAUCAGCAGACAAGCAAACUGAUUAAGUCAUUUAACAUUUCAAAGAUGGGCUACAGCAAAAGCUGCAUUCAACAACUCACAGAUCACAUUAAGACAAGUGAAAGAGAUCAUCAGGAAAGACAAGGGGGAUAUAAGUUCAAGAAAAGAUUCUUCAUGGAUUUGGUUUAUUCUAUCUGUACGAGAGCAAACAAGAAGGUCACUGACCAACACAGACUUUUCAGAUAUGCCAAUGAUCCUAAAAUACAUUUUGAGAAGAAGAGAGAAGAAUACUAUAGUAUUUUCCAGAAAUACUGUCAUGGAGCAACAUCAGCUGCCAUUUUUGGUGAGAUCAUCUGUCAGAAACUGAAAGAGCCCAUUGAACAGAGUGUCUACAAGAAGACUGCCAGAGAUCUGACUGAUGAAAUGAGAACAAACUGUGAAUCACUGAAUGGAAACAGAUCAAAUCUGGAGAAACGCAUCCUGAAGACAUUGGCAGAAAAGGAGGAUUUUGACAAAUACAUGGACUACAUUAAUAAUCCCAGAGAUCACUUCAUGGAUUUCAUCAGAGAUGAAGUCAGUCGGUACAUCACUGAUAAGUUCAGUGUCAGUGUUUUACCAAAGAUGAAGGAGAACAUUGAACACCUGAAGCAGAAGAUCAUGAAAGCAGCACAUGAAUCUACUGAACAUGUUCAAGUGAACACAGGAGAUGUUGGUUUGUGGUUGAAGAGUUUCACAGAGCAGCUUUCAGAUGAGCUGAUCUUCUCUGAAAAAGACCUCAGUGGAGUGAGUCAUGAUGAUGUUGAUGAUUUCAACCUCCUAGAAGAUGUGCUAAGACAAGAACUUCCUGUAGUUAUUUCUAAAAUAAGUUCUCAUUUCAGUGACUUUCUGUGGAAGCUGGACUAUAAAGACAGACCACAUGAGCUUCUAGUUGAUCACUUCUGUCGGUGCUGUUGGGUUCAGUGUCCGUUCUGUAAAGCCACCUGCACCAACACCAUAGAAAACCAUGAUGGAGAUCAUAGUGUUCCUUUCCACCGUAUUAAUGGACUUAAUGGGUUCUACUACAGCGGAACACAGAAUCUUUGUAUACAGUUUUGCUCAUCUGCAGUGACAAGUGAUCAAUCUUUUAAAUACUCAGAAAAGUGGUUCCCAUUUAAACAAUACAGAACAGCAGGAGGAGUUUAUGCAGACUGGAGCAUCACCCCUGACUUCUCUCAUCUACCAUACUGGAAGUGGUUUGUGUGCAGAUUCCAAAAAGAUCUGGAAAAAUACUAUGAGAAAUCAUUUCAGGGUAGUGGUAGGAUCCCUGAAUAUUGGAGAAAAUUCACAAAGGAGGAUGCAACUGCAAGUUUAGAGGAAUCUUACACUACAAAGAAAUGGGCCAUUUCGCGGAAAUUUCAUAGAAUUCUCCAUAGUGUGUGAGGGUAGCAAGUCAAGUCAUCUUCAUUUAUAUAGUGCUUUUUACAAUACAGAUUGUUUCAAAGCAGCAGUGAUAAUAGAAAAAAUUAAUGGAAGUGAUUAUUUUGCCUUUACAGCAGCUCUAGGAAAAAGUUACUAUUGAGCUAAAGUAAGUUUUUGAUUGAAUCACUUCUGUUGCGAAAAUCAUUCAUUAUUAACUCAGGGGCCACUUAAAUGACAUCUUUUUAACUGAAAACGAAAGACUUUCAAUGCGUUCUUGCCGUUCAUUCACAUGUUUAGUCUAUAGGUAUGUGCGUUUGAAUGUGCAUGUGCACUGACGCUUAGUCUUUUUUACAUCUCUUCUUCUUCAUCUCAUCUGGAUAAGACCUGGAUAUGGCAGACUAUAGUAAAUCUUGGGAUAAACAGAGAGAGACUAAUUUUAGCGUAGAUACCAUUUUACUUAUGAUGUAGCAAGUACAUCAGGUGUUAUGGGAAGUGUUCCCGGUUCUGGCUGACCUAAUUUAUGCAGCCUAACAAUUUACAUGAUUUUAAUUAUAGAAGUAGAUGUGUUAUGUGUAUGCAAGGUGUCAAGAGAAAUUAAGUGUUCUCUUCCAAACAAUUUAAUAAAGAUUUAAAUUAUAAGAAAACAUAUCACAAAAAGCAGAAAAUUGUUGAUCUUGGAAAAUCUCUAGGGGGAAUGAAGUUUACACAAGGUGAUAUAAAAACACAAACAUGCUGUGCGCUCAAGUGUAGUGUAUACCACAUCCUGUAAAAAUGAAGUAUGUUGCAUAAUGUAUGUGGGUGAACAUGGGUUCUGGGCUACAAGAGCAUAGUUGCGUGUAACUGCCAAAAAUGAAGACAGUUAGGAAAUAAAUGUCUAGCAAGGUAGAAAUCUGAUAAAAUGUACAAUAAAAAAUGUGUGUAUUACUAAAGCCACUGACACAAACAGGAAAUGUAAUGGCGCAAGUAAAAAAGAUAUUAGAUGCAAAUAACAUAGCAAUUGAUACACAAAGCUAAUAUGUUAACACAAGUAGAAGGAACAUGUGGGUAAAUGAAGAGAUAAUGUGUCUCAAAAGUGAAUAUAAAAACAGGGGCCCUUAGAGCUGGUGUGUGUGUAGAAGAUCUGUUGAAAGAGAGAAACAGCAUUCAAGCAAGCAGCAAGCGGAUGCCAGCUCCAGACCACAAUCCUCAGAAGAUCAAAGGAGACACUUUUUUUUUUUUUAGAGAGAACAUAAUACUGAGUAGGGCAGAGGGUACACUUUAAAAUGUAAUUAUUUAUCUGGCCCAUGGAAAUUCCAGCUUAGCUGGCAUAGAGUGGUGUAUUUAGCUUUUGCCUUUGCAAGAAAUAAUAAAAUGAGAAUGGGGACUGCCCUCAAACUCUGA